CACGCGGUCGUGACGUAGAACUCACGCGACGUCGUAGCAGGAAAACAAACGUCGGUUGAGCCAACAUGGCGCCCGCGCUCCUUCAGUCCGGAGUGGGUUAGCAUGAAACCUAUCCGAUUAAACCUCUUAUGACACGGUUCGGCUCUUAUUACUCGGAAUAAUUAUUUUUAGCACCAAGAAGAGUCCAUCUAAACUAUCGGAGACGCGUUUGGAUGCUGUGAGGAGGAGAUGGCGGGACGUAGAGUCGAGUGUUUGUGGAAACAUCACGUCGUGGAGCAGCUGAAGCAGAGAGACAGAGUUCAGCGUCAGGCCUUUGAGGAGAUCAUACACCAGUAUAACCGGCUGUUUAGAGAAGUCUGAUCUUCGGGUUGUUUUUUUUCUGAACAUCUCCAGACCGAGAAAUAUGAGCAACAGAACAGACACGACCUCAGUCCGGGCGUCGAGGGCGGCCGCAGUGACUCCCUGCAGCAGGAAAUGGCUCAGAUGAGAAUCAAACAUCAAGAGGAGCUGACGGAGCUGCACAAGAAACGAGGAGAGUUGGCCCAGAGCGUGAUUGAACUAAACAACCAGAUUCAGCAGAAAGACAAAGAGAUCCAGAGUAAUGAAGCCAAAAUGAUGGUGUAUUAUCAGCAGGUGUUUUAUCUUGUAGGAGAGGGUCGCGAGCUCCGCAACUCUCUGGCCGAUCUGGAACGAGCCAAUCAGACGCUGCGAGAUGAGUACGACGCCCUGCAGAUCACGUUCAGCGCCCUGGAGGAGAAACUACGGAAAACCACAGAGGACAAUCAGGAGCUGGUGACUCGCUGGAUGGCCGAGAAAGCGCAGGAGGCCAACAAACUCAACGCUGAGAACGAGAAGGACUCCAGGUCACAAACACAUUCAAUCUGGAUGCUUCUAAAAUACGCUUUCUUUUGUACUCGCUUUAAGGUCCUCAUGUUUGUAAACGACGUCGUUAACGGCUCGUAUAUGUGUGUGAGCCGAACACUCUCCAUCUCAAUCCUCUGGAUGCUGUUUUCUGGUUGGUGUAGAGAUGAUGACAUCGAAGUUCUCACAGAGGAUGCUGGGAAGGGAACGGGUGGAGCAGGUGAAACGUCACCGAGCAGACAGUCCAGUCGCACACCCAGCAGACGAGCGUCUCAGCCUCCUCCUCCUGCUGGACUGCUGGAUUCCAUCUCUACUAUCUUUGGCUUGUCUGAUUCUGUCCAACCUGGUUUCGUCCCAUCGGACUCCAGGCGUCGCUCGGUGAAUUCGUUCAGCUCGUCUCCUGAAGGCGCAGAGGUGCCUUCGGCCUGCGCUGAUGUCCGAGUUCCCUCCACUGCGCUCCACGUCUUUGACGCCCACGAUGGAGAAGUGAACGCGGUGAGGUUUAGGUCUCCAGGUUGCCCGUCUGCUUGCCACUGGAGGCCUGAUGUGAACCUAAAGGUUGCGCUGACCAGGGGAGUAAUGCUGUAA